CUGAAGAAUCAUUAAAUAAGUGGAUAAUUGAGCAAUAUCUAAGAAAAAUAGCAAUUACACCUAAUAAUGUCAAAUAUCAUAUGACUAAUUUACUUUUUCAGAAAUUUAAACUUUCAAAUCCUG